UCUUCAUAGUUUGCUCGAAUGGCUUUCGUGUUGAUUGUAGCGAAACAAAUCAGCGAUGCCUAGGCGUUAUUGAUUUUUCUUAAACAUCGGGAUCUGAUCGUCCGCGGUAGAUCGAGCAAGCUUCGGUUCCUGCCCUGUCUUGACCCUCAUGCUUGCUCGGUGUUUGCGAAGUGCAUAAAAUGGAGAACCCAGCUGCAACUCAGCUUCCUGAGGUGGAUGCUUUGCCGGAUGGUUUCGUUGAUGGCACCGCUGAGCCUCUUUGCCCUCCAACUCCUAAUAAUGGGGAAGCGAAGCCGCUGAACGAUUGUAGGAUCCAUAGCGGGAAUCAUUUGGAUGGGUUAGCACACGAGUUAGAGGAUUUGGAUGAUAAAGAACACAUUGAAAAGAAUUUUGGCUCACCCUUGACUCCAGGAUUGGCUCAUUCCACUCACGUGGAUUCUUCAGAGGUUUCUGGAUCCUGUGAGGUAAAAGAACAAGCUCAGGAGAAAUUUCAAAGUUCAGACAAAUCUGCUGAAGAGAAGUUGGUCCCGCAGCCAACUCAUGCUAAGGAAAAAUCUUUGCCAGAUGGAGACGAUUCUUUGAAAAACAGAAAGCAAGAAAUGUCUGAAUCAAAAAAGAAUGCCAAGCGUAGUUUUAAGUCAGAAAAGGAGUUUUUACAGUUCACUCUGAAAUAUCAACAAGUUCUUGCUGAACGAGAUGCUGCUAUUGCCGUUCGAGAUAAGCUUGAGUCACUGUGUCGGGAGUUGCAACGUCAAAACAAAAUGCUAAUGGAUGAAUGCAAACGGGUAUCAACUGAGGGACAGAAUCUGAGAUUAGACUUAUCAGCCAAGUUUCAAGAUGCAAUCCAGGAGGUGAGCAAUAAACUAGAACAGCAGAAGGAUGAAUGCCUUUCUCAGCUUAAGGAAAAUGAGAUGUUAAAAGUUAAGUUGAAGCAGCUAGCUGAGCAGUAUGUGCUUUCUGAACAACAUCAUGAACAGGAGUUAAAGCAGAAAAGUCUAGAACUCCAGAUUGCUGAUUUGAAAAUGAAGCAGCAUGAGGAGAAAGUGAUUCAGGAACAGUCCCAAAUGAAAGUAUAUGCUGAACAAGUAUCACAGCUGCUAGAAACUGAGAAAAACUUGCGGUUACAGUUGACAGCAGACGGAGAGAAAUUUCAACAAUUCCAGGAUGCAUUGACAAAGAGUAACAAAGUCUUUGAAACAUUUAAGCAAGAGAUCGAGAAGAUGGCAAAAUCAAUAAAGGAUCUCAAGAAGGAAAAUGCAUUCUUGAAGAACAAGUGUGAGAAAUCAGAUAUUACACUUAUAGAACUUGUUGAUGAGCGGGAACGCUCAAAGAAACAAAUGGAGAAACUGAAGAAUCAGAAAGAGAAGCUAGAGUCUCUGUGCCGGUCACUUCAGGCAGAGAGGAAGCAGAAUUCUGUUGGUGGCAAUGAGUCUGAUCCAAGUCUCGGUGUAAAUUCUGGUUCUUAGCUCUCGAAGGGCUUGUGGAGCUAUCGUUUUUUCUGUCAAUUCUGCAUCUGCAUUUUUGCAACAAAGAUUGCAGUACAGACCAAGCCGAGUUAAGCAACAAUGAGUCGUGUAAUUACGUUAUUGGGUUUUUUGUUUAUUCAUAUUUACGCGCCCUCGCUUGUCUUUACCUGACCAUUCUGUAAUUUUGAUUUAUCCAGACGAUAUCUUGAUGUGCCUCAAGUGUGCACAUUCAAGUAUAUCAAAUGACUUGAUUACAUCAUCUAAGCUGGA